AAAUUAUUUACAUUUUUAUACAAAUUGAGCUUUCUGACGAACUCACCUAGUCCAUCUUCUUUCAUUUCCUUGGAAAAAUUUGUUUUGUCACGUGAUUGCGACUAGUCGAUGGCCCAGAAAAAAAGUCAUUGCAGAGAAAAGAAUCGACUAGUCGACUAAUUGGUGCAACCCCUAUUAGGUCUUGACUUGGACAUAUAAAGCGAAAUUAUAGGUUGGACCCAAUAAAAACAAAACAACAUUUUUUUUGUCAGGAAAUGUUUUGAUUAAAAUAAUAUUGCUCACUUAUCUUGUCGUGCAUUCAGUGGAGGUUUGACUGCUUCCUGUCCACCUUUGCUGUAGUUUACGCAGAAAUAGACUGAACCGCAUCAUAAACGCUACACCAGGUUUCAUCCUGUCGAACUUUUAAAUAUCAAACUUUCAGACAAAGAAAACGAUCAAGCGUGGCAACCUUCAGCCUGCUCUUGUUGCUCUGGACUGGUUCCUCCAGCCUCUCUCCUGUGUCGACCUAUAGACGGCACAAGAGAGAUGCCCGUCACGUCAUGUCAGCGUUGUGUUUUCCCUCUGAGAGCCCGCAGCACUAUAAGUGUUGUAUAAAGCGUCAUUUACCUGUCACUUCCUAAAGAGGACAUAGUUUAUAAAUAUCAUCCAGUGGAGCUGUGGCUCGGGGACUACAAAAAGGCCACCCACGAUCGCCCCCAUUGUUCACUGGCAUCAUUGUCGGUCUGACAUCCCAGCUGCUCGGCCAUGGCCCCCAAGAAAGCCAAGAAGAGGGCGGCGGAGGGAGCCAACUCCAAUGUGUUCUCCAUGUUCGAGCAGGCCCAGAUCCAGGAAUUCAAAGAGGCCUUCACAAUCAUGGACCAGAACAGAGACGGCUUCAUUGACAAGAACGAUCUGAGGGACACCUUCGCUGCUCUUGGACGUCUGAAUGUGAAGCAGGAAGAGAUCGACGACAUGCUCAAAGAGGCUCCUGGUCCCAUCAACUUCACAGUAUUCCUCACAAUGUUUGGUGAGAAGCUGAAAGGUGCGGAUCCGGAGGAGACCAUCCUCAAUGCGUUUAAAGUCUUCGACCCCGAGGGAAAAGGCAUACUGAAGAAAGACUACGUGACACAGAUGCUAACAACGCAGGCCGACCGAUUCUCCUCUGAAGAGAUGGAGCAGAUGUUUACCGCCUUCCCCCCUGAUGUGGCUGGAAACCUGGACUACAAGAACCUGGUGCACAUCAUUACUCACGGAGAGGAAAAAGACCAAGAGUGAACCUUUUUCAUCAUGUUUUUUUUUUUUUUAAGUAACUCUAUAGGCUAAAAGUGAGAAAUGCAAGCUUUUUGCUUAUGUUAGCUUCAUUGUUUCUGUACAGUCAGACUAAAAAACAACAAAGAUACUUCCAAAAUAUUUUUCUCAAAACAAAUGCAGACAGCUAAGAGUUUAAUUGCAACAAGAUGUUUUUCUUCUGUUUCCGGUAUAUUUUUGAGACUAAUUAUCAUAUAUUUAUCCUAAUUUUGAUGACCAAAAGCUACUAUUGUCUGUUUUUACAGUGCCUUCAAACUUAUUCGCAUCCCUUGAGCUUUUCCACCGUUUGCCAUGUUCCCACUACAAACAUCAGUUUUGUUGGCAUGCCAACACAAUCGUGCAUAAUAGUGCAAACAGAAGGAAAAUGAUGCACGGUUCUCAAAGUUUUUUUUUUCUUUUAAAUAAAAAUCUGAAAAGUGUGUCAUGCAUUUUCAGUUCACCCUUUACUUUGAUGCCCCUGAGUUCAAGCAGCUUCCUUCAGAAGCCUCCUAAUGAGUUAGCAUGAACAUACCAAACCCCACUGUGGCGAACGGUAGUGGCAGCAUCAUGCAGUAGAGAUGCUUUUCCUGAGCUUGGGAAAAGAAUUGCAUUAAUUACAAAAAAAUUAUUGAUGUUUGUUGUUGUAACUUGGCAAGACAAAAAAAAGUGGACAAGUUUAAGGGAUGUGCGUACUUUUGCAAAGCACUAAAUGAAGUGCAUGCAUGUAAGAAAAAUAAACAUACUUAAACUCA